AAUUGUUAAGCAGCAAACUUAAAAAAAAAAAAAAAAAAAUUAAAACUUAGCUCAGCUGACAUUAUCGGGUGUAUGCUAAUGAACAAUGGAUUUAUGGUUAAACCGCAGUCAUCCCUAAUUGUACUAAGAAAAGAUUUUACAUACAUAUACAUACAUACACAUGCAUAUAUAUAUAUAUAUAUAUAUGGAACUUUAGCAGGAAAAAAUAAAAGGGGAAAGGAAAAGUCAACGAUGUGAUAUUGUGAAAGGGAAUGACAAUGACGGGAGAGUAAAAGGGAAGAAGUUAGUGGCGUGACUGAACCGUUGCCACCACCUCCCUAGUGUUUUGAAAUUUCAACGCAGAUUUUUUUUGUUUUGAUUUUCAAGAAAUGAUAACCACAGCAUUCAAACAAAAAUUGGAGGCAGUUUUCAAUUUUCAUGGUGGCCCAUCUUCUUGGAAUUUUGGAAUUAUCAUUAUCUAACACACAUGGAAACAUGGAGUUCCUUCUAGCUUUGAGUUAUUCAAACGUUGAACUUCUUCGUUGACUGUUGAAGCUAAGCUGGAUGAGAGAGAUGUUGAUGAUUGAGGAACACUCUCUUCUUCUUCCUUAUAUGUAUUUAUUCAGUCUUUUGACCUUCCCCUUCCCCCCCUGUUUUUUUCCCAUCUCAUUCUUCCUCCCUGUCCUUGUUAUCAUCAUGGGAAUCUGCUGCGCUAAACCUGCUAAGCUUGCUCAUGCUUCUUCAAGCAUUAUUUCUGGAACGGAUAACCAAAAUAGUAAAUCAAAAGUGGAAUCAAUCAAUUCUAGUUCGAAAACUGUAAAUCUUAUCUCUAGUGUGCCUGUCAUCAAACCGAAAUUUGAUGUGUCCGGUGCCUCUGCUCUCAAAUCUUUUAGCUUCAUUGAUCUCAAGAAUGCUACCAAGAACUUCCGUAGUGAAAGUUUACUUGGUGAGGGAGGAUUUGGAUGCGUCUUUAAAGGAUGGAUCGAUGAGCACUCUUAUCUUCCUACUAAACCUGGAACUGGAAUUGUAGUAGCUGUCAAGAAACUCAAGCGAGAGAGCCUUCAAGGCUACAAAGAAUGGCUUGCGGAAGUGAAUUAUCUGGGCCAGCUUCGCCAUGAAAAUCUCGUCAGGCUCAUUGGUUAUUGCUCAGAAUCUGAUAACAGACUUCUAGUUUAUGAGUAUAUGCCAAAGGGAAGUCUGGAAAAUCACUUGUUUAGAAAAGGUGUUACACCUAUUUCUUGGCGUGUUCGAAUGGAUAUUGCAGUUGACGUGGCACGGGGAUUGGCAUUCUUACACAGUUCUCGACCUAAUGUUAUCUACCGUGAUUUGAAGGCUUCCAACAUUCUGCUUGACUCAGAAUUCAAUGCGAAACUCUCAGAUUUUGGCUUAGCAAGAGAAGGGCCUACAGGAGACAAGACUCAUGUUUCAACCAGGGUGAUGGGAACUCGAGGCUAUGCUGCCCCUGAAUAUGUAGCAACAGGUCACUUGACUCCUAAGAGUGACGUAUACAGCUUUGGUGUUGUUUUACUGGAACUUCUCUCAGGCAAGCGUGCAUUAGACCAAGAGAAAGUUGGUAGAGUUGAAGAGACCCUUGUAGAUUGGGGCAAACCACUCCUAAGCGAUGGUAAGCGAAUGUUGAGGAUCAUGGAUACAAGGAUGGGCGGUCAGUAUUCAAGAAAAGAAGCACAAGCUGCAGCUUCGCUUGCACUGAAUUGUCUUCAUACGGAUCCAAAAAACAGGCCAUCUAUGGCCGAAGUUCUCGACGAAUUGGAACGACUACAUGCUGCAAAGGAUGUUUUGGGGACCCCAAAUGCUCAUGCCAUCAGACGAACUCCACCUAGAUUUUAAUCAUAAUUUGUCUCGAAUUGUUUCACUUGUCAUCAAAUGCACGUCUUACCUACUACACAAGAUGUGCGCUGUACAAGUUUUGUGGAUAUUUCAAGUAGAAUGUACACCCUAGGAAAUGUAUGCAACACAGUUACAUUUAUAUAUAGACCUUUGUGAGUCUCCAUAUGAAAGAUUAUGAAACGGCAUAUGAUUAAAAA